AUGGAUUUUAAAUCUGGGGAUGAAGAGAUUGUAUUUAUCGGAGAGUGCCAGCGGUUUUCCAAUAAAGAUGAAAUUUGGGAUGACAAUGCUGUCAUAAAAAUGUAUGAUCAGUGCAUACAGAGAACAUAUGAGAAGGUUGAAGAAGACGGUCUUUCAGCUUCAACUGGCUCUAAAAGAAAACAGAAAAAAUGGCAUGUUGGUGACCUUUGUCUUGCUCCUUAUUAUGAGGAUAAUUUAUGGUACCCAGCGGUAAUAGAGGAAGUUUCAAGCGAUACUUGUAAGGUAUUAUAUGAAGAAUAUAACGAGACAGCACAAGUCAAACUUGUAGAGUUGGAACCUCGAGAAGAGGAAAGCGAAACCUCCGAAGAUAUAGAUCCAUCGAAGUCGGCGAAGCACGGAAAGGCGAAAACUCAAAGGUGUAAUACUGGUAACGGCGAAACAGCCAGUGGGUUUCCAAGUGGCUCAAAAACUGCAAAGGAUUUUGGAGUGGAUUCAGUCAAAUGCUGUUUCCCUCCUUUGGAGAUGCCUACUUCGGUCCCUCCACCCCCGCCGAUGUUUUCUGGGAUACCACCACCGAACGAUGAAGAAGCAUUUUCUAAUAUGCUACUUUCAUGGUAUAUGUGUGGUUAUCAUACCGGUUAUUGUCAGGCGAUUCAGAACGAAAGGAAGAAGAAAAUGGACACUUGCAAGGAUCUGCCUCCAUCUUGA